AUGGGUCCGGACGCGAUGACCGCGUACGGCCUCCCAGCAGGGCUCACGUGUGGCUCCACGCAGCCGACCACGCCCGCCCCAGACACUGCACCCCCCGCGGCCAGCGAGCCGCCCGUCACCGCCAUGGUGGGUGCCGCCAGCGCCCCCGCGGCGACCCUCGCGCACUGGAAUGCCUCGAGCGCGGCGAACGCCUCCGCACCCUCGCUCCAAGCGCAGGAUGGCCCCGGAGUGUCCAACGCGACGAUGCCGUCCAUCCCCGUCAUGACUCAGGCCCCGGCCAGCACGACCGUCAGCAACGCAACGAUCGCGCCGAACCGCACGGCGGCGGCCCAGGCUCCUGGCGGGUUCCCGUCGACCGCUGCGCCGCCCGUCGAGACGCCCGCAGCUCCGAUGGCGACGCCGCCGGGCGAGGUGUCCGGGGCUUGCAUGGCCUCGAUGAGCGGGUACACGCUCGGUGCAGCCGCGGUGGCGUCCGUGGCCCUGAUGCUCGCCGUGACGGCGUGA